AAGUGUGAUUUUUAUAGAAAUUAGAAGGAUAAAUGCAGAUCCAGUUGAAGAAAACAAUUUUUAAAGAAAAUUUUGCAGAAUGGUUUCACUUUGGUUGAGGUUGUGUCACGUUUGUUAAUUUUUUUUAGAGUCGGGAGGGAAAUGCAUGGGAUAAAAAUACUUUUUAUUCAUGUGCCAUGUGUGGUUUCUUAUAAAUUAAAUGUACUUCUGAAAUCUUAUGAUUUGAUUAAAAAAUGGAAUCGAUAAGCCGAAAUUUUUAAAUUCACAAUUUCACUAUAUUUUUCUAUUUGUUUGAUUAUGGAGGAGAAGAAGCAUAUCGAAAAAAGUGACGCUACAGUAGUUUCUAUAAUAAUCCCACUUUACAACUGUCAAGAUUUCAUACAGGAAUGUUUAGACUCAAUUUUUGCUCAAACUCUCACCUCCGAUUCGUAUCAGCAAGUAAAAUUGGAACUUUCCAUCUAUGAAGAUGGGAGCACGGAUAACACGCUCAAAAUUGUGGAGGAGUCCUUUCAGAAAUUGAAAAAUGAUACCACAAAUGGUGACAAAUUUUCUCUUGUGAUAUCUAAAAAUGAAUCGGCCAGUCCGCAUGGAGUCGGGUUCGGUAGAAAUCGUGCAAUAGAACAAUCCUCAGGAGAAUAUCUCUGCUUCUGUGAUGGCGAUGACAUCAUGGAGCCCACACGAGUCAUUACUCAACUUGAGUUGGCGUCCAAAAAUCAUGAUGCGUUAGUUGGCAGUCGAUUUAAACGGAUACCGGAAGAUUCGACGCAUAAUUUUGCCUUCUGGGCAAACAAUUUAACGCGAGAUCAGUUGGAGACACAAAUCUAUCUAACAUUUGGUCCCACGAUAGUCAUGCCGACGUGGUUUUGUCAUCGGUCCGUUGUAGUUGAUAAGAUUCCUGGUGGAUUUGAUGAAACUGGGAAAGGAACCCCAGAAGAUCUCAUUUUCUUUUAUAAACAUUUGGAUGCUGGUGGUCGGGUAGAGAGGUGUCCCGAAAUCCUCAUGAUUUAUCGAUACCAUGCAAAUGCUACGACAUUUUCUGUCUCAGAUGAAACCAUUCGGAGAAUCCGCCUUGACCGCAUGGAAUCUCUCGUACUCAACAAGUGGGACAAGUUUACCAUUUGGAACGCUGGGAAAUCUGGACGCCGAUUAUAUCGCGGACUUAAGGAAAUUACUCGGAAGAAAGUUGUCGCAUUUUGUGAUGUUGACGAUGCAAAGUUAAAACAACGAUUUUACAAUCCGUAUCCGCUCAAAGAGAAAUUACCAAUUGUCUCAAUUCAAGAGGCGCAACCACCAUUCGUCAUAUGCGUCAAAACGGAACUAAUUUGGGAUGAAAGUGGCCCCUUCCGAAGACUGUUGGACAGUUUAUCACUGACCGAAGGAAUUGAUUACGUCUUUUUUAACUGAGUUUCCAUUUUUUACAGUUAUUUUUUACAUUAAAAGAAAAUUCCUGAUUUUCCAGAUCAAAGUGUGGCGAUGAUGAUGAUCAUCAUCAAUAAAAGAAUACUUUACUCGA